AUGUUCAGAUCAUCACUCAAAAUGGCUCCUCGGCUGACUCGAGUCACUCGAAUGCCGGUUCGAAACACUUCGACCUCAAGCACCACGUACAAUGUCUCUGGAGGCGCCAAGGGUGCCAAGGGCCCCAAGCGGUCGUGGUGGAAGUACCUGGCUGCUGCUUUUAUGACUGGAGGUGUGGUUGGAAUGACUGUAUCGCCCACCAAGGUGAUGGAGAUUGCGCUCAACAGCCUGCCAGACAUCAACAACGAGUCGUACAAGAAGAUGGCAGUUCGAGACACAGAAGAGCAGAUGCAAAAGCUGCCCAUUGUAAAGGCUUUGAUGAAGGACUCGCGGUUCCGGCUGGUCCGAGGCUGGGAGGGUAUGGAUAAGACUAUGCAGGAGCACUCGCUGACGGGGUCCACUGAGACCAUGAACCGGGUGGGAUAUAUUACCAUUCCUCCCUACAUUUUCAUCAACGACACCGACAUGGAGGCUGUCACUGUCAUGCAUCUGGGUCACCAUGUAGCGGGAUACCCCUACACUGUGCAUGGAGGAGUUAUUGCCACCAUUCUGGACGAGGCACUUGCCCGAGCUGCUUUCCUGGCAUUUCCCAGCAGAACCGGAGUCACUGCCAACCUGAAAAUCACUUACAAGGCCCCCGUUCGAACUGACCAAUUUGUGACUGUUUGCACAAGAGUCAAGGAGGCUUCAGACAAGAAGGCUCUUGUGACCGGCACCAUCGAAACUGCCGAGUUCCAGAAGCCUCCUUUGGUCGAGGCCUCUGCUGUGUUUGUUGUCCCCAAGAGCAUCAAGUUGAAGCCUCUGUCUCACCACCAGAAGUAA